CACCAUUCCCAGUCAAAGAAAUACAAGUUCAACAUAAGCAGUCAACAUGGCCCCUAUUCACACCCUCCCACCUCUCCCAUACGACUACGAUGCCCUCGAGCCCAUCAUCUCGAAAGAGAUCAUGGAACUCCACCACAAAAAGCACCACCAAGCCUACGUGACCAACCUGAAUGCCGCCCUCGCCGCAGAAGCCUCCGCCCUCGACAGCAAUGACCUCACCCAGAUUAUCAGCAUCCAGCAGAAGCUCAAAUUCAACGGUGGUGGUCACAUCAACCACUCUCUGUUCUGGAAGAACCUAGCUCCAUAUGACUCCCCAGCUACGAAGUUGGACCGGUCAGCACCGACUCUCAAGGCUGCGAUUGAAAAACAGUGGGGGUCGGUCAAAAAGUUCACCGAUGCUUUUGAGGCCGUGCUUCUAGGAAUACAAGGAAGUGGAUGGGGCUGGCUGGUGAGUAAGGAGAAGAAGGGGUACUUGGAGCUCGAGACUACGAAGGAUCAGGACCCAGUGAUGGAUUCCAUUCCAGUGUUUGGGGUAGAUAUGUGGGAGCAUGCUUAUUACUUGCAGUAUCUAAAUAAUAAAGCCAGCUACGCCCAAAACAUCUGGAAGGUGAUCAACUGGGAAGAGGCGGAGCAUCGGUAUGUGCAUGGCGUGGAGGAUUCGAUUGAUUUGAAGCUGUAA